AUGUCUGCAGGUCCAGGUCUGUCCAGACAGAGAUCUAUCUCGGGCAAAUCCAAGGGAGUAAUACUCCCACCUGUCCCCCAGACGAAUCUGUCUUCCCAAGAUGCCGCCUUCGAACCAUGCGCAUCAACUGCCGCGCUUCUCCUGUUCGCCCACGGUUCGACAGUCAUAUGUCUGCAUCAUGAUACAUUAGCUGUUGAGCGUCGGUUUGAAAAGCACUCCAAGGAUAUUCGACUGAUAUCUGCCGAUAAUGUCAGCGAAACUGGGGCUGGAAGGCUGGUUAUCACCUACGAUGUUGGACGGACGGCCAUCGUCUGGGACUUAUUCACUGGCGAGCAGCUCUCCCGCUUUGUGUCAUAUGAAGAUUUGACAGUUGCGCAUUGGAUGAGAAACGGGAAUGUCGCCUUUGGUAACGCAAAGGGGGAGGUUAUUUUGUUCGAGCCAGCAACAAGUGAGCAUAUUUCGGCGCGGACGAUAUUCGACCCCAUUACCGCGAUAGCCCCGUCUUCGGAUUGUAAAACAUAUGCCAUCGGAUAUAGGAAUGGGUCCAUAUUGUUGGCGGCAUUACAACCAGCAUUCACGAUUCUGCAUACUCUGACAACACCCCGCGCGCCGUCGCCAAUCGUUUCUUUGACAUGGCACGCUUCAUCGUCGAAACAGAAGUCCGACAUGCUUGCCACUCAAACAGCUGACGGCGACCUGCGAGUCUGGAGCGUGUCCAAGCCACCCACAGCCGAGGCGCCCCGCGUUAUUCGCGUCUUGAAGCGUACCGACACCUAUGUCCCGGGUCGAAAUUGGAUUUCGUGGUCUAAAAAUGGACGAAUCGUUCAAUUCAUCGAAGGUAAAACCUGGUCUUGGGACGUGCGAACCAAGCAUGUCACAUUCGAGCCCAUUCCGACAGUGGACGGUGUCCGAGCCAUCGCUUGUCACGGACCGACAGGAACCCUGUUCACUUUGGGUCCAGACUAUACAGUGCAACAAUACGAUGUCGAGAGGGCGCUUUUGGUCGCAAAUAUACGGCAUUUGCCAUUAACUGUCCCGCCGACCCCGCCAGAGGAUACAAGAGGGCCAUUAUGGACGACGUCUGAAAGCGAAGAAGAGCUUGCAUCUCCUCUUGUUCGGGCCCGGCGUGAACUACGUGCCUCUGAGGCAGCGAGGCAUGAACGGAACAACAUUCCUAGCCCUCGAUCAGCUCUGAGUUCUCAGAAAGGUAGUUUGAAGAACGGGGCUAACGACAUCAUCUCACCUGCCGGGAAAACAGAUUAUACAACUACAUCAAUUGACACUGGCAUUCAGUCACAACCAACUAUGAACCAGCACUCCAUGCAGCUGCUCAGUCUGCCUCACCAACCCCAGUCGCCUGCAAGUUCAAGGACAGCUAGGAAAGGAUCCCGCUUGAGGCAAGAAGUCAUUAUGAGUCCUGAGGAGGCGCUGGUUGCAGAGCUCUUCCCUUACACUAGGGCCCGGCUACAUGAUGUGCCGUAUCGACCCCCUAGGUCCCUUGAUGAAAGCCACAUGACCCCUGACGAUUUGCGAAGGCAGAUGCUGAGUGUUGUGUUCGGCUGGGAAGAAGACAUCCAAGACCUUAUUCGCGAUGAGUUGAGCCGCCAUCCCAGUGAAAGCCAGAACGCCAUCUUCCUCGCCAAAUGGCUAGAUGAGGAUCCCGACUACCUGGCGGAGAUUAUGGGCUCAACGGGAAUUGUCUCCAGUCUGGACUGGAUGCUGUUGGCUUUGGGAACAAUUAGCAACCAGGUGGGGGCGAAGAAGAUCACUCAAGUCUUCAUCGAGAAGCUGCUGGCAAGGGGCGAUGUCCAUGCUGCAGCUACUCUUCUGCUCGCACUGGGUGACCGGAGUGAUGCGAUCGAAGUCUAUGUGUCAAGGAAUCAAUACAUGGAGGCCGUCCUACUGACCUGUCUUGUCACGCCAGAUGACUGGCAGAGGCAGUCGUAUCUGGUGCGUCGAUGGGGUGAACACGUUGUCGAGAACUCACAGCAAUCACUUGCUAUCCGAUGCUUCUCGUGUACUGGUGUCGAAGUUUCCGAUCCUUGGACUUCACCAAAUGCUCAACUUGCCACAAGAACGAUAAUGGAACCAGUCUCAAGUCCACAGUCAGCCCACCUGCAGCCGUUGGAACCGAUGGAGUAUCCUGCCAUCUUCCAGAAGACUUUGGAGAGACGGCGGACACUCGACGCUCCAACACCAGUAGCCAUGCCUCCGCCUCAUAUUCUGUCGGCUAUCCAUCAACCACCCACACCAUUCAGGACUGCCGCUGCUCAAGGGACAAGGAUAACGCCUCAAACCUCGGCUUUGAAACUCAUCACUUCCUUCGGAACCCAACCAAAUAACAAUUUUAAAUUCCCUGGACUUAAGCCUGAAGACCGGACACCAACCGUCGCCCCUGCUGUGACACCGAUUGCGGAAUCCGCCAUUGAUAGAUCUGCUGUAUCACCUGGUGGUCUAGGUUCCUACCGGCUGAACAACAUUCGCAGCAUCAAUAGCGCCCUCUCGGCCAAGACCGCGACACCGGGGGGUUUCCAGCCAAGUCGAUUAACGGUAAUUGGGGAAACACCUGUCGACGUCGAGGCACCUCAAUUCUCAAGUCCUUUGCCGCAGAGAUCUGUGUCUGUUCCUGCUGAGAUGACAUCGUCCAAGGCGGCAGAUGUUGAGCAACAAGCUUCUGCCGUGAAUGAACCACAACGAGGAAAGCAGUCUUUGACAUUGCUGACAUCCGCACGAUAUGAACCACUUACCACCCCAGUGAAGGAAACGCCCCAGACAGCCGUUGGACCACAAACCGCUAUCAAAUUUCCGGGGCACAGCACGCAAUUCGAUGUCGGAUUAAGGCAAGAUGAAUGGCAUAUGGACACGACACGAGCAAGAACCGGGUCGAAGAGUCGAAAGCCUGAUGGACUUUCGAUACAAACUCUUCAUGUUUCGAACCAAGAAUACCUGCCCUCUGCCAGUUAUGGAGACGCAAUCAGCCGGCCUGCCACCAUGGGAUCGUACUCAAAUACCCAACUCGAUACUUCAGGUGACCUGACAAGCCCCCCAACCACUGAUCUCAGUUACCGGAGCGUCAAGAGUCCCAUUGUUACCGGUCGGAGCAUCGAUCAGUAUAUCAGUAGUCUUGAACAAGCUCAGUAUUAUACAAAGCAUUCUCGAGCUCGUGGUUAUAGCGGCACUAGCAAGCAGUCGAGGGACGACCAAUCAGAGCGGAAAAAGAGCAGGGCCAAUAACGUGGAGGAUAGUGGUGAGAGAGAACCCCGACGAACCAUUCCAGCAGGCAAACGCUCGCCCUCUUCCCCAGUCCCGAUGUCACCAGAGGAUCUACGCAUGUACAGCACCAGCGUCGAAAGCUUUGACUCGAUGUAUAGUUCUAAUUUCUCCGGGGUUGAUCGAUCGGGGACUCCUGGAAGUAUGUCGAAACUGAGUCGUCGUGGAUCUCAAUCAACUGCAAAAGGGGGGAAAGCUCGCAAGCGAUCACAUUCUAGACACACUGGUCCAAGAAGCAAGACGGGCAGCCGCGGCGCAAGUCGGCAGCAAAGCCCAGACCCUGCAAUCUUUUCACCUAGAGGUCGAAGCUCCUCUCGCAAAGAGAAUCUAGGGCACCGUUCUCCAUCAUCGCCCCGACCAAUGAUUCCGUCUGAAGAAGACCGACAAAGCCGUUUCGACCAAGAUUCCGCGCUGAGGCUAGUCUCCAAAGACCGACACCGCCUCCACCGAAGCACAAGUCGUCAACCGCAUCGUGACACGAGUGCAAAGAGGGAUAAAUCACCCGAUCGACGAAGACUACGUACCAGAUCCCGCAGCCGUCAAGCCGAAGAGGUUACUACACUGAGUCGAAAGGCAAGCCGCAGUGAGCAUCACCGCCGACAUCGCCGCCCCAGUGACGCGACCUACGACCGAAGCGCCCAUCCUGACGAUCCUGAGGACAUGAGCACACUGAACAGCAUACUCGCUGCGCAGGACCUGAUGCCAAGGUCUGCUAGCCAGCCUCAAUUUACAUCAGAACGAGAAAGGAGAGAGUUGCGGGCAGAGCAGCCUCAAGCUUCGAGGGACCCUCUAACCCGGCGACCUUCUGUGCCCAACGUCCCUCUUACAAGCGAGCUCUCUGCACACAACAAAUCAGCUUCGACAAGCAACCUCUUGCCACCGCUCACAAGGGCCUAUACCCACGAGGGGCCGAUCACUACGCCUUCGUUCGAAGAUGGUAGUCUGGGUAGACAACCAUCCGGUCUCGGGCUCGUUGACGCGAGGCCAGGAACGCCCCGGGCUAUGCAGAUCGAUGUCCCAGUGGGCGAGGCUCAAGAAGCCCAACCGGAUCCUGGCGCCGACGGUACGGAGCUGUUAACGAGCGACAUUUACCAGCCGCCGAUCCGUGAAGACAUCAGCAGACCUGGCUCCGCCCGUGCACCAGUUUCCUUGGAAUUCCUUUCUCAGAUACCCAAGCAUCCCGCCUACGACCGUCGCAUCGCGGGUAGUAGAUCAAGCAGCAAAGGAGCCGAAGCUCGCGCGAACUCUCGGAGUCGAGGUACAUCUCGCGACCGCACUGCGCGUGUAUCUCCGCGUGAGGUGCCCCCAGGCACAAUGGCAACUCCACCCUUAGGGACUCUUGAGACAGCAGGCGCAGCAAACAUUACAUCCUCCCCGCCGCAGAACCCACCUAUUCUUCCAGAGUUGCAACACCUCGCUCAACCACCACCGCCACCUCCUCCGCCUCCGCUUCUGGCGAAAGCGUCCUCUUACGCUGGAGGCAGUCCUAACCUCUCCAAGUCACGCGGCUUUGAGCCAUUGGAUACCACAGCUGCGGCGCUACCCAUGUCUGCCUUCCCCACCCACACUACGUUCUACGAUGCCGCUUCGAAUGCUGGCAACACAUUGCCUUUGUCUGCCGGAGUUCUACCCUCAAGCACAGGUCACAAACGAGGACGGUCCGGAAACGACAACCAAAGUGGCGGCUCGGGGGGUCAGUUGUUGAACAAAUUAAGAAGUUUCACGGGUCGAGCGAGGUCUCCUAGUCGCGGCAGGAGAGGUGGUGAUGACAACCAAGCCAUGAGCCCGAGAAUGGUUCAAGCUGGCGAGAAUGUACAACCGGCACCAUAUGAAAGCAUUCCGAGCGCCAUGAUUGGCAGUGUUGGGACUUGA